AUGACUAAGAAGAGAAGAUCCGGCGGCCGCAACAAGUCCGGCCGAGGCCACGUCACUUUUGUGCGAUGCUCCAACUGUGCUCGCGCGGUGCCCAAGGACAAGGCUAUCAAGCGCUUCACUGUUCGCAACAUUGUUGAGGCUGCUGCCAUCCGUGAUCUUUCCGAGGCUUCGGUGUACCAGGAGUACGCUCUGCCCAAGCUGUACAUCAAGGUGGUCUACUGUGUCUCGUGCGCGAUUCACGCUCACAUUGUGCGUGUGCGAUCGCGCGAGGGUCGUCGCAGCCGUCUGCCCCCUCCUCGUGUUCGCUACAACAAGGACGGCAAGAAGAUCAACCCCGCCGUUGCCCAGCUCCAGGCCAGCCGCGCUUAA